AUGGAAAAGGGUGUGUGGAAGAGUCGGUGGUUUUGGGCCAACCUGGCACUGUUGCACUCUAAUGGCAAACACGUGUCUUGGUCGAUGGUUUGCGGGGUAAUGCUAUUCGGGCUGGGCCUGAUUUCCCUCUUGACGGGCCACGUCGCCUCUCAUCUCGAAUGGUACUCUCACCGACUACACCACCGCACUCUCUACUCCACACUGGAUGGACGUGAUGAGGAGCCAAUUGAUAUCUGGAAAUCGCAGUAUUCUAAAUACUACUAUGGAUGCAAGGAGAGGGGGCGGCAGUUUGGUCCUGCUGUACGUGAGCGCAAGUCCAAUGGCUACUUGCUAAUUGCUACAAGUGGAGGACUCAACCAACAAAGAAUUGGGAUAACAGAUGCAGUUGUGGCUGCUAGAAUUCUUAAUGCUACACUAGUUGUACCUGAGUUGGAUCAUCACUCUUUUUGGAAGGACGACAGCGACUUUGCCAAUAUUUUUUAUGUGAAUUGGUUCAUUACUUAUCUUGCAAAAGAUGUUACUAUUGUUAAAAGAGUUCCUGAUAAGAUUAUGCGGUCAAUGGAUAAACCCCCUUAUACAAUGCGUGUCCCAAGGAAAUCAGAACCUGAAUAUUAUCUUGAUCAAGUUUUGCCGAUACUCUUGAGAAGACGGGUUCUGCAAUUGACAAAAUUUGACUAUAGACUAGCAAAUAAUCUUGAUGAUGAGCUGCAAAGGUUACGAUGCCGUGUUAAUUAUCAUGCUUUGAGAUUUACAAAACCUAUUCGUGAACUUGGUCAAAGAGUUGUAAUGAAAAUGCGUAAGAUGGCUAGCCGUUAUGUAGCAGUCCAUUUGAGGUUUGAGCCCGAUAUGCUGGCAUUUUCAGGUUGUUAUUUUGGUGGGGGUGAUAAAGAAAGACGUGAGCUCAGUGAAAUCAGGAAAAGGUGGACAACAUUGCCUGAUUUGAGCCCUGAUGGAGAGCGAAAGCGUGGGAAAUGUCCUCUUACUCCUCAUGAAGUGGGUUUAAUGCUGCGAGCGCUGGGUUUUACAAAUGACACAUACCUCUAUGUUGCAUCAGGGGAAAUAUAUGGUGGGGAUGAGACCAUGCAGCCUCUCAGAGAUCUUUUCCCCAACAUUUAUACGAAGGAGAUGCUUGCUGAACAGCUGAAACCUUUUCUUCCAUUCUCUUCCCGCCUCGCUGCUAUUGACUACAUCGUUUGUGAUGAAAGUAAUGUAUUUGUCACUAACAAUAACGGGAAUAUGGCCAAAAUUCUAGCUGGUCGUAGGAGGUAUAUGGGUCACAAAAGAACCAUCAGACCAAAUGCUAAGAAGCUUAGUGCUCUGCUCAUAUCGAGGCAUGAGAUGGACUGGGAGACAUUUUCAAGUAAGGUUAAAGCAUGCCAAAGAGGAUUCAUGGGAGAGCCGGAUGAGAUGAGACCUGGACGAGGAGAGUUUCAUGAAUAUCCAAGCACAUGUGUGUGUGAGAAACCAUUUAUGGAUGAUCUGAACCUAGAUGGCGUCCAUCAGCCUAAACUCGCAGCCAACAAUGUAACAACGAAAGCAGACAAUGCAAUGGAUGGCGCAGAAAGUGUUGUACUACGAAAGCGACAUGGGAGAAGGGCCAGCAAGUGA